GCUCCGGGCCAUGUGUGUGACUGCGGGCUGCGGCCUGUGAGGCUUGUGCAGUGAGCGCGGCGCCCGCCGGAGGACACACACCUACACGCAGCCUGUCCUCUCCCCGCUGACGUGGUCCCGCACAGAAGACAUGGCGAGCCCCUGUAUCGUGCUUGCUGAUGACGAACAAGGAUACGAUCUUGACCUCUUCUGCAUUCCUAAGCAUUAUGCAGCGGAUCUGGAAAAGGUCUACAUUCCCCAUGGGCUAAUAAUGGACAGAACAGAAAGAUUGGCCCGAGACAUCAUGAAGGAUAUGGGCGGCCACCACAUCGUUGCACUCUGCGUUUUGAAGGGUGGAUACAAGUUUUUUGCGGAUCUACUUGACUACAUCAAGGCACUAAAUCGAAACAGUGACCGGUCGAUCCCCAUGACAGUAGACUUUAUAAGAUUGAAAAGUUACUGUAAUGAUCAGUCUACAGGAGACAUUAAAGUUAUAGGCGGAGACGAUCUUUCUACUCUAACAGGGAAGAAUGUCUUAAUUGUUGAGGACAUCAUUGACACGGGAAAGACAAUGAAGACAUUACUUGCAAUGCUGCAGCAGUACAAUCCCAAGAUGGUUAAAGUAGCUAGCUUGCUUGUGAAGAGAACCCCUCGCAGUGUUGGUUAUAGGCCUGAUUUUGUAGGAUUUGAAGUGCCAGACAAGUUUGUUGUGGGAUACGCAUUAGACUACAAUGAAUACUUUAGAGACUUGAAUCACAUUUGUGUUAUUAGUGAGGAUGGGAAGGAGAAAUACAAGGCAUAGAAGAUGGUUGAACCAUUGAUCAGUUGUCGACUCCUGAGGCUGGGAUGGAUUUCCCCGAUGUCAUACCCCUAGACAUCAUCCGCAUCACACAUUAGACUCCUUAGUGCAUGAAAACAAAUAUACCUCGGCUCUUCUUUUACCUUCAGAAUGUAAUGCCCAUGGAUGGGGCUCUGCGCUGUACAAUAGAGGGUUCAUUAUCUAUGGAAGAUUUGCAUUUUGAUGGCUAGCGCUUCUUUAUUUAGUUUCCUGGAUCAUGUAAAUUUAUAGCACUUAAGAAACUUACAAUGAAUGAUGAGUGUAUUGGUGAAUACAGUUCCACACUGGGUUAUUAAUGAGCGGCUUUCUCUAUUGCCCCCUUUCCUUUAAUAUAGAUGUUGAAAUAUCCGAAAACGAUGUAUACAAAGAAAUAUGUUCUUUGGUCUGCUAAUGGCAUCUAAAUCAAAAAUGAGAAAAAAAAAUACCGGAUCCGUUUUGCCUGAUGACACCGGAAAAACGGAUCCGGUAUUGCAAUGCAUUUUUUGGACUGAUCAGUCUGAAAAAUGCCUGAUCAGUCAGAAAAAAUGACAUGCGUUUGCAUACAGUUUGCCUGAUCAGGCAGGCAGUUCAGGCAACGGAACUGCCUGCCGGAAUCAAACAACGCAAGUGUGAAAGUACCCUAAGACUUACUGUUUUUGAGAGCAGCAACAUAGGCCAUAGGCAUAAUGGACAAGAGUUUAACCCCAUUUAAUUUUUGGAGGCGUAAGGUCAGGAGGGAGUAGAUAAGCUGUUGUAUUACCUCUUGUGAAUGGUGGAUUCUGCUUAAUCUUUUCAGCUGUGGUUCUUGAUAGUGAUAAACAAAGCGAGCUUUGGAUGUUACGACUGGUACCUCGGAACCGAAGCAGAAUUUGGCUCCAAGUUUUAAAGUGGUUUUCCAAUUGAAAAAUCAACUACCGAAGUUAUUCAACUAAGUCACGCGCGACUUCCCGAAUAACUAACUGCGGCUCAUCGGAGCCCAUACAUUUUAAUACUGAACGGAGCCGGAUCUCUAGUACAGUAUUAAUACGAAGUUAUGAACAAAACGACUUCAGAUGUAACACCCGUAGCUCGCUUCGCUCAUCACGAUCAAGAACCAUUAUUAGACCUAGCGGCCACUGUGAAAAUUGUAGGAUUAUAUACAUUAUUUUAAAACCUAGAUUGUAACAUAAAAAAUCUAAAGUUUUAAACAAUAGGUAAUUUUCUGAUUACACAUUCCCUUUAAGUCAUGGGAAAAGCAACAUCAGAGAGCACCAUAGAACAAACCUGUCCGGGUUAUUUAUUAAAAUCGGUGCAAAGAAAAAGUGGAGGAGUUGCUCACAGUAACUAAUCGGAAUGACAGCUCUUAUCUUUUGCACUAGUUUUGAUAAAUCUAAAAAAAAAACACCUCCCAUGACCUGGUAGAAUUUGUACAUAGGUGUGUGUGUGUGUGUGUGUAUACCCUGCUGAGGGACAUAAACAGUGUAUUUUGCUUUUAGCUCUCAGGGGCAAUGGCUACCAAAGUCUCUGCAGGAUACAAGAACGUGGCGUUCUACACUUUUGUAACCUUUUAUUUUCCAAUGUAUAUGUCAAUUGUAUGGGGAAAAAUAUGUGAUGUGAAGCCCACCCUAAGGACUCAUUCAGACGGCCGUCUGAAUAAGUCCGCAUCCGUUGCGGAACGGGUGCGGACACAUUCAUUUCAAUGGGGCCAGAAAAAGAUAUGGACAAGCACACUGUGUGCUAUCUGUAUUUCCGUUCCUUAAUUGCGGAUAAGAAUGGGUAUGUCUAUCAUUGUGCGGUCCUAAGGUCAUGUGAAUGCUCCCUUAUACAGACAUUAACAUCCAGGAUAAAACAGGAAUGUUAUUCAAUAAUACAUGAAGCCACUUUUUACUAUGUAUACAGUAAAUGAAGAAUAUCUAAAAGAGGAUGGUGUAAAUGAACGGCAUGUGCUUGCCUAAUAUCCUCUAGGAUUCUUUUCUCUGUAGGUAUGGGCAAUCGGUGCACAGAAAAUAACCCAAAGCAUACUUAUUGAUAAAAUAUAUAAAAAAACAAGUUAUUGACAUAAUCAAAUUCUCUUCUGAUGUAGGAAAGCGCUUGGUUUUCUGCUAGACAGAGAAAGCAAAAGAUGAGCUCCUUGAUUCCUGUCUAGGUGUUGUGAGACCUCAGUGCAGGAUACCAGAGCCAUCCUCUGUGUACAGUGGGGUAUUCUGAAUUGACAGAUCAGGUAUUCACUCGCACAUUCAGGUCUGGCUGCUGAGAACCCCAACAACCUCCAAAAAUUGAUGGUUUUGUGGAGAGAUGUUUCACUCUUGCAUCUCUAUACAGUCCAGCAGUGGAAGUGUAUUCACACAUGGCAGUUGAGGUACGGUUAAAACCUCAUGUUAAAAUCUGCAACCACAUUGAAAACCAAAGCAAAAAAGCAUGCUUUUUUUUCCUGCUGCACCUCAGUCACUACUUGUCUGAAUAUCUGCCCUUUUUCUGUAACUUGGAAGACAUAUCUAAUUGGAAAACAUUUAAGCACUUACAUACAGGAGUAUUUGAUGCAGGAGUAAUGGACGGAUGCCCUUUUUUUUUUUUUUCCAAGCUGUACACUGUGUUCAAGUAUAGAAUUUUUAAAAUGAUAGACCUAUUUCUUUUUUCUUUUUUUUUUUAAACAUAAUUUAUUUUUUUUAUAUAUAAUUUCAUUUGUAGUGUUCUGCUUUUCUACAGCAAAUGAAUUGAGAUCCUUGAUCUGUGUAAUUUCACAAAUAAGACAGUUAUCUGCAAAAUGUCUUUAAAAUUGUAAGCAGUCGGCUUUUUUCUGAUUUGUAAGCAUAUUUAAGCAAAGUAUUUCCCUUUUGUGAUGAGCAAGGUUGUGAAUAAGCUGCUUGUAAGAAAUUGUAUCCACCUGUACAAAUCAAAUUAUAAAUUUUCUAAAGACUUGAAAUAACAUUCACCCUGAUCACGAAGAUGUUUAAUUCCUUUGUUAUCCUGCUAAUGACAAUAAAACAUAAUAAAAUUAGA